AUGAUUGWCAGAGGACAGCCUCAGAAUGUAGUUUUACUCUCCACUGUCCUACUCGAUGUGGUCGCUGCUGAUGGCACCCGUCAUUCAAUUCGAGCCCUGUUCGACAGUGGURCUCAAGCGAGUUUUAUAACUGAACACACUGCGUGUGUGUUGAUGCUAAAGCGACAUCAUUCGACAGUAGCAAUUAGCACGUUUGCCAGUAGUACAACUUCACCAGUCCGUGGUCAAACAACCAUCACUGUGAUGCCACGUGACCAACAGGCACCGUCGUUUUGUGUGAACACUUACAUCGUCCCACAAAUCACAGGGCCAACUCCUCAAGCUCCUAUCGUGCCGGGACAAUGGAGGCAUAUUCAAAACCUCUCCCUCGCUGAUCCGUUAUACCAUCGUCCUCAGGCAGUCGAUCUGUUGUUGGGGGCCGAUAUCUUGCCAAUGCUACUUCUCAAUGGAAAAGCCACAGGCAAACCUGGCGAGCCCAUUGCCUUCGAGACUGUUUUCGGUUGGAUUUUGAUGGGACCUGUCGACAAAAAUGCUCAGUCAACUGUCACGGCUAUGUGUUUAUCUGUUUCUGAAACUYUUGAUUUGUCGAUCAGGCGGUUCUGGGAACUUGAAGAGUUACCUGUUGUUCGCCACCUCAGUCCAGAUGAGCGUGCUGCCGAGGAAAUUUAUAAAAAGACAACAACUCGGCUGAGUACAGGACGAUUUAUGGUAUCUCUUCCAUUUCGGAAAGCAUCACCUCUGUUGGGUGCUUCAAAAUCUGUUGCCCUUAGCCGCUUCCAGGCACUCGAAAACCGACUGAGUAAUGAUCCAAMCCUUCAACGCCAGUACGCAGACUUCAUGCAAGAUUACCUGGACGCUGGUCACAUGGAGCUAGUUCCAAUCGAACACACAGACAAUGUGUUUCAUUAUUAUAUUCCACAUCAUUGUGUACUUAGGCCGGRCAGUAGCACCACCAAGCUUCGUGUUGUGUUCAAUGCUUCGUCUCGUACCAGUGCUGGGUGUUCCUUGAAUGAGAGCAUGUAUACGGGUCCGAAAYUUCAGCCCGACAUUCAAAUUGUUCUUCUUCGUGCACGGUUGUGGAAAUAUGUAUUUAUGACAGACAUCAAACAGAUGUAUCGGCAAAUUGUGGUGCGGCCUNCAGUAGCACCACCAAGCUUCGUGUUGUGUUCAAUGCUUCGUCUCGUACCAGUGCUGGGUGUUCCUUGA